AUGCCGUCCCUACCGCAGCCGCUUCCCUUCCGCAGCCUGUUCCGCCUCUCCUCCAAGUCCCGUCACUCCCCGUUCCGCCACUCCCCCAAUACGUUCCGCCUCUCCCCCAAUAUUUUCCGCCUCUCCCCCAGCGUGUCCCGCCACCUCCCGUUAUGGGCAUUCCCGUGCCGUCACCGUGGCCUUCUCGUGAUAUCACCGGUGGAGGGCGGGGCGCUGAAGGUGCACAUGCCGGGAGAUUCUCUUAUGGGGGACGACGUCGUCUGCCUUGCCGCUCUCCUUAUGAAACUCCCCCCUUCCAAUUGCUCUUACCUGCUUGUACCUCUGCUCUCUCGCCCCUUCACCCCCUACGUUCUCCUCUCUCCCGUGCAUCACCCUUGUUCCCUGCCCGCCCUCUCAAUUCUCCCCACCCUUCCUUACAGACUGUGCUCGUACUCGUCGUGCCCUGCACGAUCUGCAUCCUCCCCUUGUGGGUACCUCCGUGCAAUUGGGAAUGCGGGAGCUGUAGCAUGCCACAUUGCCACAUGA